ACCUUACAUCAACACAUUAUUUGUAAUUAAUAGUAACCAAUAAUAAUCAAAACGAUUGUGAUGUCACAAUACGUAAAACUUCCUCCUUCAAGAUAGUAUAUAUAGAAGUGAAUCCAUACAAGAAGAGAAGUGAAUCAAAAGACAAAAGAGAUUCAAGAAUGGAAUUUCAAUGGCUUUGGAUGUAUGCUGCCACGUUAUUUGCAUGCUACAUUUUUGUUAACAAAGUUAUGUGGAAUUUGAAUGAAUGGUAUUAUGAUCUUAAAUUUAAAAACCAACAAAACCCACUGCCUCCUGGUGACAUGGGAUGGCCAUUAGUUGGAAAUCUUUGGCCCUUCUUCAAAUAUUUUUUAUCUGGGCGUGCUGAAAUGUUCAUCGACAACAUUGUUCUCAAAUUUGGAAGAACAGGUAUUUACAAGACUCACUUGUAUGGAAGUCCAAGCAUCAUUGUCAUUGCACCUGAUAUAUGCAAGAAAGUUCUGAUUGAUGAUGUAAACUUUAAGCAUGGUUAUCCAAAAGCCACAACGAUCCUAAUAGAAAGUAGGAUACUAAAUAAAUCACACGUACGUACCAAGCAAUUAAUCACAAGUCCUAUCAUUGGUAGGAAUGUAUUAGUAAAAUACUUAGAACGUAUUGAAGAUAUUGUGAUCAACAAGUUAGAAGAAUUAUCCAGUAUGAAACACCCUGUUGAGUUCCUCGUGGAGAUGAGAAAAGCUUCUUUUAAAUUCAUCAUUCACAUUUUCUUGGGCUCUUGUGAUCAAGGUACCGAAAAGAAAAUUGGAGAAUUAUUUAAUGUUAUGAGUAAUGCAUUGUUCACUUUGAUGCCCAUAAAUGCACCUGGCUUUGCUUUCAAGAGAGCAUUAAAGGCGCGCAAGAAGUUUGAAAAAAUAGUUCAAUAUAUUAUUCAUGAAAGAAGAAUGGCGACAAAAAAUGGUGAAAUUGGGGAAAAUAAUGAUUUGUUAGACAAUCUUUUGGAAAUCAAUGACGAAAGGGGUGAAAAAUUUGAAGAUAAGGAUAUUGUUGAUUUACUCGUAGCGUUCCUAUUUGGUGCUCAUGAUGCAAUUGCAACUGCUGUUAUGUGGUCAGUUAUAAAUCUUACACAAAAUCCACUUUGUUUGAAGAAAGCCAAGAUUGAGGAAGGAAAGAUUGAUUGUGGAUGGAAAGUAUGGAAACCAAAAAUUGUUCCACAGUUUGGUUCAAGGGAACAACUGAAAAGGAAAGAAAGUAAUGUGGAACCAUGCCAUGGAAACCUUUCUGCGCUACUGGGGAGGGAAAGCUUUGGAAACUACCAUUUUUGUGUGAAAAGUCUAAAAUGCCCCCAACUUAUAUUGUUUUUUUAUUUACUUUUUACUAUUCAUUUUUUUUAUAGGUUAUAGCUAUAUUACUAGUUUGUUGUCUCCUCCUUAUUUUUUCAACUCACUUUUUUAUUUUUCUAUGGCAUACAAUUAGACUACUCACACCUAGCCACAAUAUGUUUAUGCUUUAUAUAUAUAAUUGUCUUCAAGGGUAUUUAUGUCAAUUAAAAAAUAUGGAUCUUUCUUUCCUUCAACUUUCUAUUCCACUUUCUUUUAUACCAAACAACCAAAACAAUCCCCUCACUUUCUAUUUUUUUUCUUUCCUCAUUUAAUCUUUCCUUACACUUUCUUUCCUUUUACUUUCUUUGAUCAUCCAAACAAAGCCUUAGGGUAUGUUUGGUUGUCAAAAGAAAGUGUAAAGAGAGAAGGAGGUGAGAAAGAGUUAGAAAAGAGAGAAGUUGAUGAGAAAUAGAGUAGAUUUAAGAUAUUGUUUGGUAUAAGAGAGAAAGAAGAGAAAUAGAAGAGAAA